UAUAAACAUUUUGAAAUGCAUAUAAAGUCCUGGACGUUAUCAGUUCUCUUCAUAACGUUUUUCAAAUCUUGUCUAAGAAGACGUACUGAAUUUAUAAAGGUUCUCUAAAAAGUUUGUUAUACAGUGUAAAGAAAACAACUGGAACGAAAGAAAUGAAACGCAUUGCAGUAAUUGGUGCUGGUGCUAGUGGUCUAACGGCUAUAAAAUGCUGUCUUGACGAGGAACUUGAACCCGUGUGUUUUGAGAGGACAAACUAUAUCAGCGGAUUAUGGCAUUACACAGAAGAGGUGGAGGAAGGUCAGGCACGUGUUAUGAAGUCCACGGUGAUCAACACAUCGAAGGAGAUGAUGUGCUUCAGUGAUUUUCCUAUACCGGCAGAUUACCCGAUAUUCAUGCACCAUAAGUGUGUUGACCAGUAUUUCCAUAUGUACGCUGACAAAUUUGGAUUACAGAAAUACAUACACUUCAAUACGGAGGUAUUGUAUGUGAAACAAGCAGAAAGUUUCAACACUGACAGCAAAUGGGAAAUUAAAAUAAAGAAUUCUGAGGGGAAAGAAGUACAACAAAUAUUUGAUGGUGUUCUUAUCUGUACCGGACAUCAUGCAGAAAAGAAUAUUCCAAACUUCCCGGGAUUAGAAAAGUUCAAGGGCAAGGUUACGCAUACCCGUGAUUACAAGGAUUACCAUGGUUACGAGGACAAAAAUGUUUUAAUCAUAGGUAUUGGAAAUUCUGGUGGUGAUGUAGCAAUGGAUCUUAGCCGCAUUUCGUCGCAGGUAUAUUUGAGCACCCGUUCGGGAUCAUGGAUACAAAAUCGUAUAGCUGACAACGGGGUUCCGUGGGACAUGGUCCUCUCAACGCGAUUCAACGCAGAACUAAUAAAAAGAUUUCCUGGAUUAUUAGCAAACGCGGCAACGAAAAAGGCCAACCAACGAUUCGAUCAUGAAAAAUACUGCCUUCGGCCGAAACAUGGAAUAUUUUCUGCUCAUCCUACGGUAAACGAUGAACUUCCAAACAGAAUAAUUGCAGGGGGUGUUAUUGUAAAAGCCAAUGUAGCACAGUUCACGGAAACAGGAGCUGUAUUUGAAGAUGGUACUAAAGUCGAGAAUUUAGACGCUGUAGUACUUGCCACAGGAUACAUAAUUGGUUUCCCGUUUCUCGAUAAGAAUGUUCUAGAAGUGAGGGAGAACAAGGUAAACAUGUACAAAUACAUGUUCCCACCGGAUCUGCGGAAGUAUACCUUGGCAAUUAUUGGAUGUUUCCAACCUCUUGGGGCGUUAAUGCCUAUCUGUGAAAUGCAGUGUCGCCUUGCUACACGGGUAUUUAAGGGGUUAAAGGCUUUACCAAAUAGUGACGAGAUGUGGAAAGACAUCAAAGCCAAACAACAAGCCAUGGCUUCAAGAUAUAAGAAAUCAAUGCGUCAUACCAUCCAAGUAGAUUGGCUUCCAUUUAUGGAUGAAUUAGCAGAAUUAGUCGGCUGUAAACCAAACUUGUGGAAACUUUUGACAGACCCAAAACUGGCGAUUGAAGUUUACUUUGGACCUUGUACACCCUACCAGUAUCGCUUAAUGGGACCUGGACCCUGGAAAGGAGCUAGGCAGGCCAUCAUGACACAGUGGGAACGCAGCUAUAAACCGCUGCAGACCAGACCCUGUGAAAAGGGUACAAGCAAUGGUUUCGGGACAUUAUUCGUGUUGGUAGUGCUUGCAGUAGCUGUACUGAUCUACUCUUUUUUGUAGCAAAACUUAUGGUGUAUUUGAGGAAGAAUUAUGCGUACAAUUUUGGGUCCUUACAAAAGUGUGCCAUGUGUGAAUUAGAAAAUAUGUUAUUUCUUUAACGAAUUGAUUUGAGAGGUAUUUGAAAAUGGUUUUCACAGCACUUUAUUUUCCUCAAACUAAUUCUCCAAAACGUCUACAUAAUGCCACAAAUGCAUACUUAGCUUACAUAUUUAUAGUGUCUGAUUGAUUUACAUGAUUCGCUUGUGAUGUAUAUCCUGACAAAGGAAAACUGAUUAAAAAUAGUUACCGCCAGCUUUACAACUGUUGUGCUUACUAGUGCAUGCUUAGCAAACACUGCAUUGUAACUACAACUUUUUCAUUGAUAAAGGACAGUUUUUUUUACGGAACCACUUUAUCUUCCGUUAGCAAGUUGGGUGACUUCCACUCAUGAAGAAUUCUACGCCCCAAGCAAGACUAGAACCAACAUCGGUUAGGGACAAGUCUUUUAAAGUCAUCGAUCUUAACCACUCGGCCACAGAGGUACCCUUUUUGCAAAAUAUAUCUGAUUAUCUAAUUAUGCUUUCUCGUCUACAGAAUCUUAAUACGGCUUUAUACUUUAAUAAACAGAACCUUAAUAUGCA